GCGUGACAGAAUGCUUAGACCAAUAAAUCGAGUCGCGCUUGUCGGCAAUAUCUCAAAGUUCCCUCUGACUUCAUCCUCUAAAAAGCUUCUUAUCAAACCAACUUCAGAACAUCAGAACACCACGACCCAACCAUAUUAUGGCCUCUUCUGAUGACUCCUCAGAUCUUUCCUCGGUACCUUCUGAGGAUGAAAGCUUACAAUUAACGAAAAAGGAUGGUAUUCUUAAAUUCUUCCCAAAAGCCCCAAAACCAAGUGCAGUACGCAAAAUCGAGGCAUCUCCACCACGACCAAAGAGAGAAGCGUCACCCCCUCAUGAAUAUGUCUUAGCAGAUAGCCCAGACAUUGCCGUAUGUAUAACUCUUAUCGUCGCGUACUCAAGAGUUUUACACGUUCAAAACGCGUGGUUGUACGGUUCAAUUGUGGCUAACGCGAAAUCUGCAUAGUUUAUCGUCAUGUUCCGUGCCCGGUUCAGUGAAGCUUUUCCAAAAUCCCUACCCAAUUUCGGACCCCAAGAACUAGAGCGUGCUGUUGUCGAUACUACACCUGGAGAGCAUGCGGAACAAUUUCUUUGCGCAUUGUUGGGGUUACUUCUAAAUAGAAAGCAGGAUGUGAAGUAGGUCAUAUUUGCGUCAUAGUUAUUCUACCUCGCAUUACUUCAGAGUUUGUGCAGAACCACCAGCUGACCACCUAUCGCCCACAGAGCCGGACAUUACAAUCGCGCCCUCGAGGAGGCUGUUCAGACGCAUAAAUUACAAUGGGCGAAGGAUUGGGAAAGCAAAAAUCCUCUUUCUGGGGGAGCUACAUUCACUUCCAUGUCUCCUACAGAGCGGGUAGCUUAUACAAAGUCCACAGAAGCAAAGAAUCUUGCUGAUUUUAUAAUAUAGCUUACCCUUCUACGCACUCUCAUCCUCUGGUCCUUGGCCUCCUCCGAUGUGGUUAAGGGCAUGAUCACAGCCUCUUACAAGCAAACUCGCCAUGAAGAUGAUCUAAACCAGCCACUUUCCGUACAACCCUGGGGUUCAGAUGCCGACCGACGUCGCUACUAUCUCAUUGAAGGCCUAGACGAUACACACUUCAGAGUCUACAGAGAGAGCAAUUACACAGGCUUAAAGAGGACUUGGUGGAGCGUCGCAAGUGAUAUAGACGAGUUAAAAUCAUUAGCAGAGAAACUAGUCAAGGAGGAUGGUGGUCAGAAGGCCAGAACGCUGAGCGCGAAAAUCCUUGCUGCAGUCCCACGGUUCGAGGCAACUGAAGAAGUGCGUAGUAUUUUUUAUGGCCCUUUUGCUUCUUUUAUUUUUAAGCGUUACUUACAAUGUCACAGAAACGAAAGAGAAGAGAAUACCGACAAGCUCGUAAAGAGCAAUUCAAACGUCCUGAACCAAACUUCUCAAUGUAUGAAGGCCGUACCCGAGGAAAGCGCAUGAAGUACACGUAUUCAGAUGAUGAAGAUGAGGUCUUUUCUGAUACUACCGGAUCCCGUCGUUCGACUCGAAACACUGGUAGUCACACACCAGCUGAGCCAGCUGGGCCUAUUGUCACAUUGAGUGGUCGUCAGGUCAGAUCCCGCGUUGGUGGAGCCUAUGGUGAAAGUGUUCUGAGCGGAACACAUGCCCUUGCAGAAAGUCUUGGAGGUGUCGAGCUGGGUGAAGAGUCGGAAGAAGUGACCUCUAGACCACGCCGUGCUGCUGCUUCCAGCCGUGGGCGCGGUUGGGCAAAUAAGGGAAAGCAUAUUGAAGGAUAUAAUUCAGUGGACGAAAUGGAAGACGAUGAGGAGGACGAUGCUAGUGAGCAAGACUAUGGCGAUGACGAAGAAGAUGACGAUCAAGUCUCUCUGGCAAGCGAUAUGGACGAGAUGGAGGAGGACAGUGAUGAGAAUGAAGACAUGGAGGAUGGCGAUCAAGAGAAGAAGAGUUUAAUUGUCAAGCUUCCAAUCAAAACGCCAACCCCGGAGAAGAAGACUACGAUCAAACUUCAGUUGAGCCCACGGACCGAGUCGAAGUCAGACCGUAUGGCUCCUCGAAAACUUGCAAGUCCAAAUACAUCUCUGGAAUUCAAUAACGAGGAGAAAUUUGUUUCUCCCGAAGACGACAACAAAACUAAGCCCAUCUCCAUCACAACGAAAUCGAUUUCGACCCAACUCUCGCCUUCUCUUACUUUCCGCGGUAGUCCUGAGAAAGCGUCCACUCUACUGCCAUCAAUAAAUGUUGGUCAUGGUGGUUCUUAAUGUAAUAACAAUUCAUGAUAGCGGGUAUGGAAAAAGGUAUUAUGACAAAAGGCGUAAGAUAAAAGACAUCGUGCUUUCCUUGGGUGGGCGCGAUCAGAGCUGAUUAUUGGGUAUAUUUAUGUUCCUUGAUAAACACAAAACAUUCGGAACAUUACAACAUAAUUACCUAUGAAAGUCUCAUCUCAUGGGCAGACAAAGUUUCAUGGCUGUUGCAAUAAAAAGUUACAUGAUUACAUAUGCCUCCUCCAU